GAUAUACAUACCGAUUCCUUUACGCAAAACCCUGCAGCCCUGUGAUAACCAGUUUAAAAGUUUCUUGAAAACUUUUAUUUAGCGGAUUUUUAGUUUCAAAGUGGUAAAAACAUUGGAAAAGUAUAGAAAAUAGUUCUGUCGUGUGCCUUUUUCUGUAAGGUCAAGAAAAGCUCUCUCAUUUUUAGUUUUCAAUGGCUUGGUCAUAAUUUUUCGUAGUUGUGUGAUUAAUAGUGUUUUAUUUUAAAGAAAAGUUAAUUUUUCCAAGUGUAUAAUAUUGCUCUCACAUCACACCGUGCGCCUGUUCGCUGUGUGCUGGUAUUUACCAACGGGUUUUUUCCACAUCGGGCUGUCCAUUUGUCUUCAACGCCGUGCUCCUGUCUGCUGUGUGUGGAUACCUACUUAGUACAAAAAAAACUACAUAAGUGCUGAAUAAGCACUCAUUUUUUUAAGGGGACUGUUUAAUCUUUUUCUAACUCUAAUGAGCAUCCAUCAAUAUGGAGGUUUCUACCGCUAAGUUACUAUCCACCCUUGCCAGUUAUUUUACAAUUGCAUCAUGUGCAUUUUUGAAAGUUCCGCAAAUUAUCUCCGUAACCGAGCGCCGGUCAGCAGAUGGAAUCGUUCUCAAUGCUAUGUUGAUGGAAACUGCGAGCUUCACCAUCAUGUUCCUAUACAACUAUACAAGUAAUUACUCUGUAGAAACUUAUUUGGAAUAUCCCAUAAUAUUGGCACAGGUGUAUGUGCUAUUUUACUACGUGCUGAUGUACAAGAGGCUGCUACACCUUAAACUUGUGAAGUUUAUCAUCGUACUAUAUUUCGCCUUGAUUAUUGGCUUUCUUACUGGGUAUCUACAUCCUAUCCUCCUGUCUGUGUUUGUGCCCCUAUGUACACCUAUGAGUGGAGCAGCUAAGGUAUCAUACCUCUAUGGCAUCAUAGCAGACAACAAUGCGGAUGGCGUCUCAAUCACCACUUGGAUUAUAUCAAUAUUCACCAAUGUCUCGCGCAUCUUCACGGUUUACAUGGACUCCGGUGACGUCAAACUGAUGUUCAACUUCCUGGUAUCCACGAUCCUGAGCUCCAGCGUGUUGGCAACAGCUAUGUACUUCAAGUUCUUCGUGCCGCCGCCGCCGCCGCCGGGCCGCCCCCGCCGGAAGCCGUCCUAUCGACGGUACAGCGACACCAUGCACACGGAUUAAACGGUUCAACCCUACGUGUAAACUGACCUCGAUCAUGCAUUGAACUGACCCCUUAGAAUACCUGAACCCUUUGUCCUUGGUGAGCGACGGAACGCGACGCAUUUUCUCCUUUACUAAACUUCAUGUGACAUGUGUCAACAACGCGACCAUAGUUGAACGAUUUGAAACGUAAAAUGGCAAAGAUCGCCUGGCAUUGAUAUAAAAUGUCAUAAUUUUACUAAGGUAGUCUUCCACCUAAGAUUGAGAACAACGGGUUAAAAUCAAUUAUCAGAAUCAGUCGUAAAAAAUAUAAAAAAUCCAUUGAAAAAUGAAAAAAAAUUAACGUUCGUGGUCAACUUAAACUUUCGGACCAGUUCAGUGUUAAAUGAAAGAGGCCAGUGAAAAACAUCUUUUAUUAAAAAUACUCUAGGUCUCAUGUAAUGUGAAAAAUUCGAUGGGGUUGUAUUAUGUUACUUUUUAAAUUUAUUAUCUUUGAUGUAUAUUUGUUUUUUAAUAUCUUAUUGUAAUUUUAAUGUGAUCAUAUAUAGCCUCUUAUUAUGAUGUUCAAAGGUUUUAUGUCUACUCGACUUUAAUUUAUUGUAAUUCUGAUAAUACUCUAUAUUUUAGGCAUGUGCGGUGUAUGGAUAAGAAAGCGUCAAUUAUGUGUAUAGCAUUUGGAAUAGGGAAAUAAAACUGAAGAAUUAGAAAUUGAGGGAAUAAGCUACUUUAGACGAUUUGGUGCAUAGCACAAUACUUACAGGAUUCGAGAUAGCUAUAAAAUGAUGAAAAAAUUUGGCCAGUAGUGUUCUAGUCAAUUUCUGCGUCUUGGUACCAGAAAACCAGAGAGCCAAGACAAUGGUAACAUCGUUAAGAAGAGGCUCGAAUUAGAAUAAAGGUAGUUGGUAUUGAAAAGUUAUGUACAAUCCACAUCAAAAUCAUGUUGCGGUAUUGUAUAUUAGAUUAGUGUAAAGAAUGGUAAAAAAAGAGUAUUUUUUUAAAAGAUGUAAAUAAAAUUGUAAUCGCGUAUUUUUCUGACGACGUUCGACUUCACCGUGUUAGAAAUUUCCUGGAUAGUAUUUUAAUAAUAUCCAUAAAAAUUAUUAUCUAAGCAUCAGCUAAAGUAAAAAAAAAAAACAAAUUUUAUCUUAUCUUUAGAAUAAUAUCGUAGACGAAGACAUAAGUAUCUAGACAUGCUGUUGAGGAUGAAUAUUGCGUCACAUCUCGGGUGUAUCCUAAAAUAACUUCAAAUAACGUAAUUUGUUUAUGUGAAUUGAUAUAAACAACUUGCGUGAUUUGAAAUUAUUUUACCCAAUUAAUGACUUUACCGGUAUAAAUGGUAUGAGCACGAAUAAUAUUAAUAUGUGAGUGUCUUGUCUACGUCGACUAUUUUGCGAUUCCCGCCGCAUAAUGUGCUCCCGCUCUCUCUCAAUGCGCUAAAUGAUGUUGAUGCUAUAUUGCUAUGAUAGCAAUCAUGAUAUGAAUUAUGUGACCAAUAUCUCAGAGGCAGUAUGUCUAGGUACAUAGUCUUUACGUAGAAUAAUAAUAAAAGACAUUGUUAUAAUUAUAUUAUAGAAAAUAUGAAGUAUUAUAUUUAUUGAUGUAUGUUCGACAAUGGUCGUGGGAUAUAAAUAUCUCGUUUAUGGAUAAUCUCUUUAAAAUAAGGUAAUAUUUAAUCAAUUAGUGAAUUUAUUUAUUCAAUAAUUCAAUAUUUAACAUUUUAAACUUAGAUUCAAAUAUAAUCGUGUAGUAUUAAAUGUUACUAUUCCUAUAUUUUCUAGUCUUCUGUUAUUAAAUAUAUUUGUACUAAAUUCAGUGCAAAUCUGUAAGUACAAACCUGGUUUUGGUUCAAACUACUGGAUUGGUGCAAUUAUUUUUUUAUGUUAUGUUCAAAAUUAUAUUUAAUCAGAUUUGUGCCAAACAUGUUACGGUUCUAGUUCAUAGUAGUAAAUAUAUUAUAGUGUGAUAGUACAGAUUUUAAUGUAUCAACUUAUGUAAUUCGAAUAAAUUAUGAAUGAACAAUU